AUGUCGCAGUCUCAGCCAUUGGGAGUCGGCAUUAUCGGUGCCGGGGAAGUCUUCCAAGUCUGUCACGGCCCCUGCUUGUUACUACUAUCCCAUCUCUUCAAUAUCGAGUCCAUCUGCGACCUAUCAGCCAAAACAGUCCAACACUGCGCCACCAAGUUCUCCAUCCCCCAUAAAACAACUAACCCUCACGAUGUCAUCAACAACCCCAAUGUGGACAUUGUCUUCAUCCUCACCUCAGACGAUAGCCACGCUCCAUUAAUCCAUGCAGCUCUUCAAGCAGGAAAAAACGUCUUCAUCGAGAAACCAGUCUCCCUCUCCAUCCAAUCCGUACAAUCACUCAUCAACGCGGAAAAGAGCGCGCCGAACAACGCCCGCGUCUUUGUGGGCUACAUGCGUCGCUACGCACCCAGUUUUCUCGAAGCUUUCAAGCGAGAGAUAGCAUCCAUCCCCAAGAUCCUCUAUGCCCGGGUCCGCGACUUCAGCGGUCCCAACUUCAACUUUGUUAGCCAGAGUGGGACAUUCUCUGUCAAACUUGAUGAUUACCCAACUACCGCAGCGGAGGAGCGGAACAGCCGACUCGAGGCGCUCUUCAGUGAGGCAUUCCCUGAUCAAGAAAUCACGGAUGAGAAGCGGAAAUUCUGCCGUUUCCUGGGGAGUCUUGGGUCGCAUGAUAUUUCGCUUAUGAGGGAGGUUCUUGGAUUCCCAGAGCGGGUCAAUGGGGUCACGGCCAAUGAUCCAUUCUACAGUGCUAUCAUGACUUUCCGGAAUAAGGAUGGGUCGACGUAUGCCACGACUUAUGAGAGUGGGAUUGAUGAGGUUCCCGUCUUUGACGCGCAUAUCGCGGUUUAUGGGGCGAAGAAGAGAGUUACUCUGAAGUUCGAUAGCCCCUAUGUCAAAGGUCUUCCGGUGUACGUUGAGGUUGAUGAGGUUAACGAACAGGGAGAGAUCCAGCACCGGAAGAUGCUUUCUUCUUACGAGGAUGCCUAUACUGCUGAGCUUCAGGAGCUGCAUGAGGUGUUUACCAAUGGGAAGGCGAUCAAAUCAACACUCUCGGAUGCCAAGCAGGACCUUGAAAUAUUCGACAUGUUUUACAAGAGCUGGGGUUCCAACUAG